UGAGUGUACGGGAACGAGGGGUGAAGGCGGAUGUCACGUGUUCUGCUGCUUGUCGUAAGGUCCCUCGUGCACCGGUAUUAGGACUCGGUUCAAAUAAUGGCGGGGACACCCGGGGAUAACUGGCGGCCGAAAAAUGUCUGCUUGGAGACCAGCAUGGGCUCUAUCACAGUGGAGCUGUACUGGAAUCACGCGCCCAGGACCUGUACGAACUUCGCCGAGCUGGCCCGGAGAGGGUAUUACAAUGGCACCAAGUUUCAUCGCGUCAUUAAAGACUUCAUGGUUCAAGGAGGAGACCCCACAGGGACUGCUAUGGCAAAUUCUGGACCAGAUACAAAUGGAAGUCAGUUUUUCUUGUCGUUGGCACCUACUCAGUGGUUGGAUGGGAAACACACUAUUUUUGGACGUGUUGCCCAAGGCCUUAGUACACUGAACAGACUGGGCAUGGUGGAAACAGACAGUCAGGACAGACCACUUGAUGAAGUCAAAAUCCUUCGGGCUUUUCCAUUAUAAGAGCAGAACAACAAAGAAAUUAGGUGGUUAUUACCUAUUAUGUCGAGAUUGUU